AUGGAUGGUAAAGGUUCUGUUCGUCAAAGAUGCUCCAAGUUCAUCGGGGAUGAAAAAUCUCCAGAAAAGCAAAUUAGUCAAAAACUGCAUCAAGAUGAUAAUGGCGAUCCGAAGAAACAUGUUUCUACUCUUUUGAGAGAGAAAGCCUCUCCCCCAUCUCGGAGCAGAGAGUCAGUAGAUGGGAAAGAAAAUCAUGACCAAGAAGUGGACGAUAUUGAUGAUAAUGAUGACAGUAUAGGACGAUCAGCCUCCUAUUAUUUCUGUCUCCUGGUAUUUACAUCAGCAUCCCUGGCUUCACGUCUGUACAAUAUUGAAAAUCCAUCACAUAUCUGUUGGGAUGAAACACAUUUUGGAAAAAUGGGAAGUUGGUACAUUAACAGGACAUUUUUCUUUGACGUUCAUCCACCUUUAGGCAAGAUGAUGAUAGGAUUAGCUGGUAUUUUAACAGGGUAUGAUGGAAGUUUCCCUUUCAGUAAACCAGGAGAUCCAUAUGAUGAUACACAAUAUGUUGGCAUGAGAGUGGCCUGUGCUUUGAUGGGAGCUGCAGUUGUGCCUUUAUCAUUUCAAAUAGUUUGGUUACUGACACAUUCCCUAGUAGCGUGUAUUUUAGCUUCAUCACUCAUUUUAUUUGAUACUGGUACUUUAACCCUCUCUAGACAUAUUCUACUAGACCCCAUCAUGUUGUUUUUCAUCAUGGCAGCUACAUAUUCCAUGCUCAAAUUCUUAUCUUUUAAUAAAAAAUCUUAUACAUUUAAAUGGUGGUUGUGGAUGUUUAUUACAGGUUUUUUCUUAGCUUGUUCAAUUGGAGUAAAGUUUGUGGGAUUAUUUGUGAUAUUAUUAUGUGGUAUAUCAACUAUUAUAGAUUUGUGGAGUUUAUUUGGAGACCUCUCUCUUACAUUUACGGACAUUGUGAAACAAUUUAUAGCUAGAGUAAUUGGGUUGAUUUUAGUGCCUGCUGUUUUUUAUAUUAUAUUUUUUGGAAUACAUCUAAAAGUUUUAAAUCAUAGUGGUAAUGGAGAUGGAUUUUUUAGCUCAGCUUUUCAAGCUCAACUUAUUGGAAAUAAAUUAUAUAAUGUCAGUAUGCCUGCUAACAUUGCUUAUGGAAGUGUCUUAACUUUAAAACAAAGAAGAACUGGUGGAGCAUAUCUACACUCACAUUGGCAUCUUUAUCCAGAUGAAUUACCUCCCAGACAACAGCAGGUAACAACAUACAGUCAUAAAGAUGAGAAUAAUUAUUGGAUCAUAAAACCAGCUGAUAGAAACGUUGAUAUGAAUUCUCCACCACAAUUUGUACGGAGUGGUGACUCUAUUAGACUAGAACAUGUAGUAACGCAUAGAAAUCUUCACAGUCACAGAGAGCCUGCUCCUAUUAGUAGACGACAGUAUCAAGUUUCUGGUUAUGGACAGAAUGGUACAGGUGAUGCUAAUGAUAUUUGGGUGAUUGAAAUACAAGGUGCUAGUAAAGGAACUCCAGUACAAACUGUCAGAUCUAAAUUAAAAAUUAUUCAUCUACAUGUACGCUGUGCUUUACAUUCAAAUGACAAAAAGUUACCAAAAUGGGGUUGGGAACAGUUAGAAGCUACAUGUCAUCCUAAUAUUAAAGAACCUAAAGCUUUAUGGAGUGUAGAGGAAGUCAAAGAUGAUAGAUUACCCAAUGUGAAUUUUGAUGUCUAUUCACCAAGUUUUAUUGAUAAAGUUAUAGAAAGUCAUGCCGUAAUGACUCAGGGAAACAGUGGGUUAAAACCUAAAGAAGGAGAAAUAACAUCAAGACCAUGGCAGUGGCCCAUCAAUUAUAGGGGUCAGAUAUUUUCAGGUAAAGAUUAUAGAAUAUAUCUACUAGGUAAUCCUGUCAUAUUCUGGUUAUGUUUGGUUGUCAUGGUGAUAUUUUUGAUGAUGUUUACUGUAUAUUCUAUACGCUGCCAGAGAGGAAUCAAAAUACCUAAAGUUUUAAAAGCCUACCAUAAUAAAAUGUUCAAUGCUUGUUGGUGGUUGUUAUUGGGAUGGAGUUUACAUUAUUUACCAUUCUGGACAAUGACCAGAGUUUUAUAUUUCCACCAUUACUUUCCUGCCUUUUUAUACAGUGCUAUGUUAACAGGUAUAAUGUUGGACUACAUGAUAGCAAGGGUGUGUUUUUUACUACCAGAAAAAUAUAUAGCCAAAUUUUACCUUGGUUCAAUAUUAACUGUUUUAUCUUCUAUAGUGUAUAGCUUCUAUCUAUUCCAUCCAGUGACAUAUGGAAUGGCUGGGCCCAUGGCUAGUGAUGAAAAUGGAAUGAUGUAUGGUUUAAAAUGGGUUGAAGCUUGGGAUAUCUAG